AUGGAUAUGGAUAAAAGGGUAGAAAGAGUUCCAUUGGCGGAAGUCAGAGCCAGCAACGUACUGUCACAGCCUGUCACCAUAAGUUCUAGUAAGAGAAAACUGGAGGUAUAUGAUGGUGAGGAAACCCCUGCAAAAAAAGUGAAAGUUGUGGAUCAAGUGGCUAUAAGAGAUGUAGCAACUGUUCCUGAGUACUCUACUGAUAUAUUCAAAAACUUGUUCAAAUCAGAAGAAGAUACAAUUCCUUCGCAUAACUAUUUGUUGGAUGAAAAGUCUGAGUACCACAUUCGUGCUAAUAUGAGAGCCAUUCUAGUGGAUUGGCUGGUAGAUGUGCAUAGGAAUUUCAAAUGUUUACCGGAAACAUUACUUUUAGCCAUUAACAUUCUCGAUAGAGUCUUAUCUUCUACAAAAGUAUCCGUAUCAAAGCUGCAAUUGGUAGCUGUAACGUCAUUAUUCAUUGCAUGUAAAUAUGAAGAGGUUAAGUUACCAAAGAUAGCUAAUUUCGCAUAUAUUACUGAUGGUGCUGCCACUGUGGAGGAUAUCAGAGAGGCCGAAUUCAAUAUUCUUGAAACCUUGAGAUUUAAUAUCAAUUGGCCAAACCCGCUAAAUUUCUUGAGAAGACUGUCACAGAUUGAUGACUACAAUUAUGAACUAAGGGAUAUCGCCAAGUUUGUACUUGAGUUUAUUAUGUGCACACAUUAUUUUGUUAACUACAAGCCUUCAUUUCUCAGCGCUAUGGCAAUUUAUUUAUCAAAGCGCAUCUGUAACGAUGAAAGCAGCAACCACAAUGAGGGUAUUUUAACAACCUGGUCAGCGACACAUACUGAAUAUAGUGGUGGUAUAAAUCCAAAUAAUGACCCCAAAUUUAACGACAGCCUUAAUGUGUUAAUUGAUGAAUUUAAACAGCCAUCUAACUCCACAAAGUCUUUACUUGCCAAAUACAAGGCCAACACAUACCAUGGUAUGUUCUUCAGAGUUCAGGACUGGUGUCUGAAUUACAUUUAG